AUGGAAAUAAGCCGCAUCACUAGUCCUACCUCACUUUGCCUUCAAGAUCUAAGUCUUCACAGAAUCACCACCAGCAUCACCGUAGCCACUCUUUUUGCGCUCGCCAGUGUGGCGAUGGCUGGCAACCCUCGAUACAAAGUCAGUUGUGAUCCAGCCGUACCAGCUGCCUACCAGGCUAGCAUGAAGGCAUUUGAGAAGAAAAACUGUGGAGAUCGUGUGAAGCCCCCGGCCCCGGGGGCACGAAUACCCAAAGAUACUACCAUCCGCUCUUUGCUAGCUCUUCAGGUGGUCCCAACAUCAGCCCGCGUUGCCACUGGGUUCCAGCUUAGGUUUCUUGGGGGAAUACCCAUACCACCUCAGCUUGUCAACACUCAGUCAAGUAGGACAAUUAAGCCGCAGCCCGAGAGAAAGCACUGGGAUCAGAUCAAACAUUGA